AAAUCACGAUCUGCUCGAUCCGGGUUGUGAACGAGAUAAGGCUCUUUAGAAGAGCCAGAUGGCAGAAUAAGCAGCGGAGAUAGGAAAGGUGUGGGUGGAUGAUAGAUAACUCAGUGCCCCAACAAGGCCCCGGACAGUGAGGAGAAAGCGCCAUGAGGGUGAUAAGAGUCGCACUAGAGCAGCAGGUUGCGGAGACAGCUGGUGCGAGUUGUACAACGCGGAUUCGUCGGUUUAAGGCAGGAGCUCAGACAAAAGCCGGGUUUGCAUUGGAGCCAGAACAAUUGGAGCUGGAAAUUGUUCAUUUCCUGCAUUAUUCGAUGAUGAUAGAUGGAGGGGGAGGGGGCGGAGGCAAACAACAAUCCAUUCCCAUAAUCGACAUCCCCCACAACCUCCGUCCGUCCCAACCAUCGAUCCACCAAUCUUUCUCAAGCGGGCAGUCCAAAGACAACGGAAUGGAAUAUAGCUACCCCGGUAAUCUCAUUGCAGGGAGAUGCAGGCCAGCGCGCAAGAAGGUCACAGUCGUCGGCAGGAAAUUGAGGGGGUGCCACACGAAGAGCGGGUUGGAGAAACGAGAGGAAUCGGCGAGGUUCGACUGGUCACGACUACCCGGAAUGGUGGGAGGAGAUCCCCGUGACCAUCCCGCCUCGGUACUUUCUGUACAGCUGCAGUCGAUUGCAUUACCCUGCCCUCUUUCAAUCACUCACUAGACUACGGAGUAGGUUCUAUGCAAAUCCGCAUUAAUCUUCAAUCUAAUGUCUCUCGCAAUCUGACAAUGCAUACGACAAGCAGCGUAGCUACCGCAGCUUCCGCGGAGUGGAGUAAGUCAACCAGAACAAAGAACUGAUAUCAACACUUUAUCCCUUGCUACUAUGUACUGUACUGUACGUUUCAUUCCCCUUCGACGGUCGGACACCUGCUUAGGUUGGACAAAGGAAAAGUCUAGCCAGCAGUAGUCCUCGAAAGUUCUGACCCCAAUCCUCGGCGCAAAGCCAUAUGUGAGGGGGUCACUGAUCACACAUGGCUUGGGAAGGUAUGUGGU